AUGAUUUACACCACUCAUCAACUAUUAAUAUUUGCUGAUUACUUACUAUCUAAUCAAAAUUCAAUUAUAAGUUCACCAAUAAAUGGAGAAAUUUGGAAAAUUUAUCAAUUAUUUAAAACUUAUAUUGUAGAUAACAACAAAUUACAUUUUACAAAUAUAAAUGAGUUUUUAGAAUACAUUGAACAAUUUAAUACACUUUCCGGAGGAUGUUUACAUUUUACAAAAUCUAAAUAUGACUCUAAAGAUAAAAUUAAAUCAAAACUUGUUUGGAUAAAUGAUAUUGGGUUAAAGAUUUUGCAACAAAAAUUUAAUAAAACAAGUAAUUCAACUAAUACUCCAACAGGACAAAAUACUGAUCAAUAUAAAGAAUGUACAUCAUUAUUUGAGUUUAUUGCAAAACCCGACAAAACAAAAAGAUCCUUAGAUAAAAUUGAUAAACUUACAAUUGAAGAUUUAACAAAUUUUAUUCAAAAACCAACAACAAAAUUACAAUUAGAUAAAAAAAGAUCAAAAUUAAAUACACCAAAAUUAAAAUUUCCAGAAAUAUGUAAUGAAAAACAUCAUUCAACAACAUUAUCUACAUUAUUAUUUAAGCAAAAUAAUAACAACAACAACAACAGUAGUAAUAGUAAACAAAUAAAUUUAAAUGAUCAAUAUAUAAAUCAAAAAUUAAAUCAAUUUAAAAAUCGUAUAUCAACAGAUAUUUUAAAUUGUUUAAAUGAAAAAAUUCAUUUUUUACCAAUUUUAUAUAAUCAUACUGAUUUAAAAUUAGGUGAUUGUUCUUAUUUAGAUACUUGUCAUAAAAUAAAAACUUGUAGGUAUUUACAUUAUUAUACUUUACAUCCUACAUCAAAUACAACUUCAACUUCAUCAUCCAAUACAAAUACAAUUUCAAAUACAAUUACAAAUCAAGAAUCAAAUUCCAAUGCAAAUACCAAAACAACAAAUCAAAAAUCAAAUUUAAUUGAAGAACUUACAAAUUUGGAUUAUUCAUUAGGUGAGAUUUUUUCAUCAGGUUUUAAAGAAAUAUCACAACCACAAUGGAUAAAUUGUGAUAUAAAUCAAUUAAAUUUUUCAAAAUUAGGUAAAUUUUCAGCAAUAAUUUCAGAUCCAGCAUGGUUAAUUCAUCAAAAUUUACCUUAUGGAACAUUUGGAGAUUUAGAAUUAAUAAAUUUAAAAAUAAAUGAAUUACAAGAUGAAGGUAUAAUAUUUUUAUGGGUAACUGCAAGAUCCUUGGAUAUUGGACGUCAAGCACUAGCAAAAUGGGGAUAUGAAAUAAUUAAUGAAGUUAUUUGGGUUAAAUUAAAUCAAUUAAAAAGAAUUAUUGUUACUGGUAGAACAGGUCAUUGGUUAAAUCAUUCAAAAGAACAUCUUUUAGUUGGUUUAAAAGGUAAACCAAAUUGGUUAAAUUUAAAAAUUGAUUUAGAUAUUAUUAUAAGUAAUACAAGAGAAACUUCAAGAAAACCUGAUGAAAUUUAUGAUAUAAUUGAUAGAAUGUGUGGACCAUUUGCAAGAAAAUUAGAAAUUUUUGGUAGACAACAUAAUGUAAGACCUGGUUGGUUAACUAUUGGAAAUCAAUUAAAUGGUAUUAAUUUAAAUGAACCUGAAUUAAUAAAUAAUUUAAAUUCUUCAACUAUUUAG